UGACGAUUACGGAUUGUAUAAAAGUACCAGGACAGAGGGGAAGUAACAAGCUGUGAAAGACUACACAUAGUCUGAAAGAUCUAUCUUCACCACAACACCCAUCUAAUCAAGAAUUUUACCAACCUCAAUUCAACAAGCAUGUCAGAUGUAAAUGCGCUGAAAGACCAAGGCAACAAGGCCUUUUCUGCUAAGGACUACGACAAGGCGAUCGAGCUAUUCACAGCUGCCAUCGCCAUCGACCCAUCGAACCAUGUCCUCUUUUCAAAUCGGAGUGCCGCAAAAACUGGCAAGAAGCAGUGGGGUGCAGCACUAGAGGACGCAGAACAGUGUAUCAAGCUCAAUCAGUCGUGGUCCAAAGGCUACGCCAGAAAAGGGGCUGCAUUGCACGGUGCAAGACGAUAUGACGAGGCUAUCGAGGCAUAUGAAGCUGGUCUUAAGUUCGAGGACAGCCCUGCCUUGCGCAACGGUUUACGAGACGUGAAAGAUGCAAAGGGCAGGGAUGGUGGAUCUGAGUCCUUAGGCCUCGGAAAAAUGUUUGCAGACCCAAACCUCAUUGGAAAGCUGGCAACUAAUCCCCGAACACAAAAACAUCUCGCCGACCCAGCGUUCGUGCAAAAGCUUAAACUCUUCCAACAAAACCCCGCACUCGCUGAUUCAGCUCUCCAGUCAGACCCCCGCAUGAUCGACGUCCUUGGUGUCGCCAUGGGUAUUGAUAUGCAAGGUUUCUCGCGCGACGAUGGCCUUGAUGAGCUCCCGCCCGGUUUCAAGCUUCCUCCCCCAAAGGCUCGAACACCUCGGUCGCCAUCUGCAUCCACAUCGAAGACUCCACCAGCUCCAGCUCCAGCUCCGGCACCAGCAGCAGCCCCCGAGCCCGAGGACGUCGAAAUGACAGAUGAAGACGCUGAGGAGGCCAAAGCCAAGGCAGACGCACUCGGUGCAAAGGCUCGGGGUGCAGAGCACUACAAGGCACAACGCUUUUCCGAAGCUGCUGAACACUUUAAGAAGGCUUGGGAUCUGUGGCCAAAGGACAUCACGUUCCUCGGUAAUCUUGGUGCUGCAUACCUUGAGGCAAAGGAGUACGAUCAGUGUAUCGCAACGUGCGAGCUGGCUGUUGAGGAGGGCCGAGGACUUCGCGCGGACUACAAGAUUAUUGCCAAAAUUUUCGGCCGUAUCGGGACUGCGUACACCGCAAAGAACGACCUAGUAUCGGCGAAGAAGUACUUCCAAAAGUCACUCUCUGAACACCGCGACGCUACCAUCCUCGCAAAGCUCCAAUCCACUGAGAAAGCCAUCGCCGAGGCCGAGCGCCAGGCAUAUAUCGACCCCGCUCAGUCUGCCGUCGCGCGCGAGGAGGGUAAUGCUGCAUUCAAGAAUGGUGACUUUGCAAAGGCCGUGAAAUUGUACGAAGAGAGUAUCAAGCGUGAUCCCUCCGAUGCAAGAGGAUACAACAACAGGGCAGCAGCGUACAUGAAACUUAUGGCACUGGCUGAAGCGCUGAAGGAUGCCGACAAAGCAAUCGAGGUCGAUCCCGCAUUCGUCAAGGCAUAUAUCCGGAAAGCUACGAUCCUGCAAACGAUGCGCGACUAUAGUAAGGCUCUUGAAGCUCUACAAGCCGCUUCGUCAGCCGACACCGCCAAUGCACACGCGCAAGAGAUUCAAGCUCAGGAGUUCAAGAUCCAGCAAGCCUUGUUUACUCAGCGUGCCGACGAGACGGAGGAACAGACCCUCGAGCGAGCCAUGAAGGAUCCCGAAGUUGCUCAAAUCAUGGGCGACCCCGUGAUGCAGCAAAUUUUGCAGCAAGCGCAAGGCAAUCCUGGCGCAUUACAAGAUCACAUGAAAAACCCUGUCGUACGCCAGAAGAUUAUGAAACUCAUCAACGCAGGAAUUAUCAAGACACGGUGAUUUGCGCGGUCAUGCAUUCACGUUUGAAUCACACUACUGUAGUUGUUUUGUUUGUACCAGUUCAAAUAUUGUUUGCUUUAUCAACAUGUUCAAC